CUUUCUCCGUCUCCGGUUGACGAAGACGAGCAAUAUGAUGAUCAGUACGAUACUAUGGAUGAUCAGGCUGACGAAGACGCCGAGCAGGUACACCAGGAUUGGGAAUGGGACUGGCAGCGGCAGCAACAUCGGGAGGGAUUGGAAAGGCGAGCCGACGUCAACGACCGAUAUAGUCCGCAACACACAAGCUCUCCGACGCUGGAUGCGGAUGGUGCAUAUGCACAAAAUACUUCCGCAGCCGACUGGGUAACCGAUGCCUCGCAUCGUUCUGCUCACUCCAUUGCAGAGAAGGCCUGCGAGAUGGUCUGUUAUUUGUGGUUCUCUUCUUCGCUUGGUCCACGAGGUGCGGCCGCCUCUCAUUCUCGACGAGAACGUGAACUUUCUCAGCGACGGCGUAGGGAUGGAGGGUCUGCCCAUUCGCCUCCUUUCGCGUCGCGACCGCUAAGUAACGCGUCAACCGCCGCGCUGCAGUUUUGCGCAAGUCCCGAGUUCGUGCAAUUCAUGGCGAAGCUGCUUGCAACAACUCAAGUGAGCCAGAGCGUGAUAGUGCUUUCGCUGCACUAUAUCUAUAGAUUGAAGGAGAGAAAUGACUUCACAUUGGGGAAGCCGGGCAGUGAAUUCCGCGUCGCGGUAUGUGCCUUGAUGUUGGCAAAUAAGUUUGUGGAUGAUAACACGUAUACGAACAAGACAUGGUCGGAUGUAUCUGCUAUCCCGCUUGAUGAACUUAACAAGAUGGAGCGUGAGUUUCUGCUUGGUGUUGGUUUCUGCCUUUUUGUGGACGAAGCAACAUACGGCUCGUGGCUCAACCUACUUCGGGGUCUCGUCCUUGCAAAGGAACGAGAAUAUAAUAGGUGGCGUGAAGGGCGGCGAGCACGCCCAAUCGCACCUUGUGCUGGAAUUUCUAACGCGAAGGAACCUAUACGGAUUGAAGUACAACAGCAUCAACAGCCUCCACAGCAAAGGGCACGAAGUACUAGCCCGCGUCAGUUGAGAGGCUAUGCUUACGCGCCCGCAUAUCCCUUCACGUUUACAGUUCCUUCGUCAUCGACUGCGUAUCUCCAGACUGUACCCCAGUCAGAUUCUCAAACGCACUCAUCAAGCACGUCGCCGAAUCGACCAGUCUCCUCCAAGCGUACUGCUGCAGACGCCUUUUCACCUAUCAGUGCAACUUUCGCGGGUGCAUCACGUGGAGGGAAGCGUUCUACUGGCCUAGCACUCGAUAUCCCUGCAGCGCUUGCAUCCGCUUCGUCCUCUAAUGCAACACAGAAGGUUUGGGAGAGGGCAGGGAGCGUGAGUGCUCAACCAUCAUACACGUACGCAGAUAGUUUGCGUAGAUUGGAGAAUAUGAGCCUUGCGACGCCUGUCGAACAACGUGCGAGAAACGAAUCGACCGAUCAGGUAAUAGCCGAGGAAGGAAUUCGCGAGAGGGCAGAGCAGACCUUAGCAGCUCCGUACCGCGUCUCAGAUGCCGCUCGCCGCGCUCUUCCACCGCAUUUGUACUUCUACGCGCUUGCGAGUUCCCCUUUACGGUCACCUUACGCUGCUUACACUACGUCGCAAGUUGCAGGCUCUAAUAAUGCAACCGCUGACGGGAACUCCUUGGUUGAAGAACAGUCUGCAGCUGGGGAGUCGUCAUAUCUCCCACCCGGCGCGGAGCGUAAGGCACGCCUCCGAUAUGUCGACAGUCGGGCGAAUGACUGGUAUGGAUAUCAGAGCGACACUUCAAGGUAUCAUCAUACCGUGGCCCAGGGUCAGAGCCAGGCGCAACCUUCGUACACUGCGUAUCCACAACAUGGCGCAUUUACUAUUCCUCAAGUCGUAGUUCCUCCUACAACAUCCUCGUCAAACGAAUACAGUCAGCCUCAACUCUCUACUCAUCAAUCUACCGCCGUCGCCCAUUCGCCCCAUCCACAGCUCGAACCGAUGCAAAGGCACCAACAAGGUCAACAUUUGCAACAUCUUCCGCCACUUGCACUCGCCCUUUCAAUGCCUCCUGCGCCACGGCCUCUGAUAUCACAGACGCAGAGUGCAUGUGCAAGUCCGUUGCCAAGCUUUGCUUCAUUAGAUGCAUAUGCACCUUCACCAGCACCAGUGCAAGAGUACACGCACGUUCAUUCGCAACCUUGGGAAGAUGCUAAGCAUGGUCAACAACACUUGACGGCGCUUCAUCCUGUUACUGUACCACAGGAUAGCAAUGCGGCUGCCAAUCUUGGUCCAGCGUUGAUAUGCACACCUCCUUCUACCCUGACCCCUGCGCCAGUUGCCCAGAGUUCAUGGAGCGCACCGGCCAGCGAAAUGAUUGAUGGCGUAUAUGCUCCUUCCCAACGUCACGUGCACCUUCAUCCACGCUCUAUACCACCGAUUAAUUCCCAGACAUUCCAUUACCAGCAUCCCGAGCAAAGUCGGCCCGUUGCUUCUGCGAUACACCGGGCUCAAAUGCUAUCUCCGUACGUGUAUGCGGCCCAAUCUGAUCAGCGCGAACCUGCUUCGUCAAGUCACAUUGCAGUUCCUGCAUACUCCUCUCACUCACAGACACUGCCAGAGCGUGCAGCUUUUGCGAACGCGGGCCCUCCGGGAGUUAUGCACUUUUACGCGUACGCGCAUUCUGAUGCAACUAGAAGUGCUCACGACACAAGCUCUGCAAUAAAUGACUCUGUUAUUCCUAGAGUUGUACAGCAGUCUCAGAGUGUAACUGCAAGCCCAGAUGCUCUGUACGGGUAUGGCUACGCAACACGUGGACGACGACUAUGAUGCUCACCUUUUGUUCUUUGUUUUUGUUUCUGCGUUACAUUAUUGGACCCUCUAUACAUGAGACACCUUCGCCAUCUUUCAGUAUACGACGCUCAAUUAAAUGAGCAUAUUCAUUCCUCACUGCUCCUUAUUAAUGCCUAAUGCGUGUACAGCUUUGGCUCCGCCCUCUCGCGGUUUUUGGCAACGAAUUCUACCUUACUUCCCAUUCAAGAUUACAUAUAUACAUUCUUUCAUCAUGCACUCUCGAAUUGUUUGAGUGGUGAUGCAUAUGUACCGCUUACGAUCCGCACGGCUCCAUUGUCCCAUUUCCUUGCCUGAGCCGAGUCGCUUACUUCAUCGUUUGUACUUACGUUUCUUUUCUUCCUCCUUCCCAUGGUCUAGCCUUCGUACUGCUUUUUCCUGUCAAGUUGACUCAGUCAUGCAUGCAUUUGGUAUGCUUCCUUUCGACGCGUACAUAAACUUCCCUUUUUCCCGAAUUUCAAUUUCUCUUUUGCCCCUUUCCUUAACCUCUCCGCAUUGCAUUUCGUAACGUAUCCAUCAAUUGGUCAAUUAGCAAUUUUUUUGUCUCAUUUCCAGGUCAAUGCAUUCCACAUUUUUUCGACGCUUAAUCACCAUUAUCAAUUCAUUAUCAAUUCGACGAAAGCGCAAUGUCCC